AUGCUUCGAUUCGCAUUGGCCGCCUCAUUGCUGGCGUUGGCUGUGGCCCAGAUGCAGCCCCAAUGCACCUGUCAACAGGUAGAGCCCUGCAAAUCGGGGGCCCAGGACCAGGUGAUGUCGUGCGCUGACUCGUGCCAGAAGCACGUCUCCGGCAUGGGCGCCCCCUACUCCUCGAUUCGAUCGUGCAUCAUGCAACGCCAAUCCACCAUCAACUCGGUGGUCAACUGCCAAGAGCGGCAAUUGGCCAACUCCUGCGCCGCGCGCCCCGGGGCCCAGGUCCCCAAGAGGUACCCGGAGACGCUCAAGCUCGCCGCCUUCAACGAGGUCAACAACAUCCUCAGGAGGAGCGGUCUCCAAGCUGAAGCCGCCUCUUUUAUGGCCGUCGGCAAGAAGUUCGCCAGCUGCGUGAUGAAGUGUAUGAACAAGGGAUCCGGGCGGUGCUUCAAGAAGCUCGGAUGCGGUCUCGCCCUCCCCCCGGACAACGUGCUCGUCCAGCAGACCAAGCAGUGCGCCAUGGGCUCCGGCUUCAACACGGCCGGCGUGCAGUCGUUGUGCAAUUGCAUUGCCGGCGCUGGAGUGCGAUCUCUUGCUCCCCUCUGCAACCGUAUCCAGAUCUCA